CCAUUUCCAAAAGGGCUUCCUCCCGCGAGGCUGCGGUUCUCAGUGCGCAGACGCGAACGUACGUCCUCUCCCCGGCAAGAUGGCGUUGGCGUUGAUGUGCGGACGCCGGGAGCUUCUGCGCUUACUGUGGCCCCAGCGUCAGUUCCACAGCGUCGCAGGGCCUUGCCAGUGGCCCCGGAAACCGCUGACAGCUGGGCUCGGGUUCCCAGCCGACCGGUGUCGCGGGCAUCCGCGCUAUGUCCUGCUCAUGGCCCCAGGCCCCCGCGGCCUCAGUACCUCUGUCGUCUCUUUUGCAGAAGCCCAGGUUCCGGCCCCUCCAGUCAUUCCUGCAACUCCCCCACCCACAGCAGUACCUGAAGUGGCUUCUGGAGAGGCCGCAGAUGUCAUCCAAGCUGUUGCAGAGCAGAGCUUUGCUGAACUUGGGCUGGGGUCCUACACCCCAGUGGGACUGAUCCAGAACUUGCUUGAAUUUAUGCAUGUUAACCUAGGCCUACCAUGGUGGGGAGCCAUUGCUACAUGUACAGUCCUUGCCCGCUGCCUGGUGUUUCCUCUCAUCGUGAAGGGCCAACGAGAGGCAGCCAAGAUUCACAAUCACUUGCCAGAGAUUCAGAAGUUUUCCGCUCGAAUCAGAGAGGCCAAGUUGACAGGAAACCACACAGAAUUUUACAGGGCCUCCUCGGAGAUGACUUUCUACCAGAAAAAGCAUGAUAUUAAACUCUUUAGACCUCUCAUUCUACCACUGACUCAGGCCCCGAUCUUCAUCUCCUUCUUCAUUGCCUUGAGAGAAAUGGCCAACCUUCCCGUGCCCAGCCUGCAGACAGGUGGUCUCUGGUGGUUCCAGGAUCUCACACUAUCCGACCCCAUCUACGUAUUACCUCUGGUGGUCACAGCUACAAUGUGGGCUGUCCUUGAGUUAGGUGCUGAAACUGGCAUGCAAAGUUCUGACAUUCAGUGGAUGAGAAAUUUUAUCAGACUAAUGCCCCUGGCAGUCUUGCCCAUAACUGUCCAUUUCCCCACGGCAGUGUUCAUGUACUGGCUCUCCUCCAACAUGUUUUCCCUGGGCCAGGUGGCCUGUCUCCGUAUUCCUGCUGUUCGCACUGUGCUGAAAAUUCCCCAACGUGUUGUGCACGACCCAGACAAGUUACCUCCACGGGAAGGCUUCAUAAAGAGCUUCAGACAAGGCUGGAAGAAUGCCGAAAUGGCCCAUCAGCUACAGGAGCGGGAACGACGCAUGCAGAACCACUUGGAGCUCGCUGCCAGGGGCCCGUUACGACAGACGUUUGCCCACAACCCUCUGCUGCCGCACGGAAAGAAUGACCCUCCCAACGCCCCCAGCAGCAGCAGCAGCAGCAAAGCCAAGUCCAAGCAGCCCUGGCGUGACACGCUUGGCUGACCUCUGCUGCCUGCUCACACUGGCAGGAACUCUGUCUCUUCAGAGACUCAGCCUUCGAACGCGGUUUCAUGCUGGGUCUUUGCGCCAGACCUAGAAACUGUGGGACAUGUUGAUGUUCAUUUUAAAAUUGGAUUCCACUACACUCUUCCACCUAAGUGUGAAAGAACCCUGGGGGCCAGGUGAUUCCCAUCCGCAGAGUUAGGAAACCUCUGUGCUACACACUGCUUCCUAACACUUAUUAAACGGGAAAACAGAUUGCGUGCUUCAGAAAGAAUAGCUUGGGUGAUGAUUGCUCUUGCUGGCCCAUGAUCUUAGGAGGCAUAUCGGUGUUGUAACCUGGCCUUAAGGGCUAGAUGUGUUGUCAUGCCCAUAUUUGCCUUGUAGUCAGAGUUGUAUGCCUGAUAAGUGGAGAAUGUAUAUGGAGGAACCACAUUCACUUAUCCCAAGAUUACCUAUAAAAUAUCCUUCAAGAAGUAGAUAUGCUCAAGUUCUUAGUGAUAAGAGGAACAGAAGUUGAUACAGCUUUUAUCAAAUAACCUAGCAUUUUGCUGCAGCAGCAUAGGUGUUCUCUUGUGUAGAGGCUGGUUGCAUCAGCCUUCAGCAACUGGCUUAAGGGGGAAGAAAUACUCAGAUUCUUUCUAACAUAAGAUUGUUUUUAGUCUUCCUGCCUGGCUCAUGGAAACUAUCCCUAAGAUACUAUUAAAACGAUGAAGCCGCUCAGAA